AUGGCUGCGGAAGCCAAAUCCAACGCCUCGGCCGAUGAUAUGGGCGGAGACUACUCGUGGGACGAAGAAUACGGAUCAGGGGCUGUUCUCGCCGCCGAACUCGGACUCGGGAAGCCCAAGCCGCUCAUGGCAAAACUGAACAACUACGGCGGUGGCCAGGCCGUCUUCGAGCCCGUGGCCAAGCCGGGCGAGCUGUACAUGUGGCAGUCCGAAGUCGGCGAAAUAGACCGCAUCGUCUCCCCCACCACCCUCGCCGAGGUCAAGGAUCUCAUCGCCACUGGCAAGAUCUCCACCAUCAAGCUGGAAAAAGUUCCGAGGCCGACGCCAGAAUAA